AUGGAAAGAGCCAGGCGAAGGGGAGGCGGCGGCGGCCGCGGCCGCGGCGGCAAGAAUGUAGGGGGCUCUGGCCUAAGCAAGAGUAGACUCUAUCCCCAGGCCCAGCACUCCCACUACCCCCCCUACGCGGCUUCAGCCACCCCUAAUCAGGCUGGGGGCGCAGCCGAAAUCCAGGAGCUGGCCUCCAAACGAGUGGACAUCCAGAAAAAGAGGUUUUACCUAGACGUAAAGCAAAGCUCCCGGGGCCGGUUCCUAAAGAUAGCCGAAGUCUGGAUAGGGAGAGGCCGGCAGGACAAUAUCAGAAAGAGUAAACUGACUCUGUCCCUGUCUGUGGCAGCGGAGCUGAAGGACUGUCUAGGGGACUUCAUCGAGCAUUACGCCCACCUGGGCCUGAAAGGCCACAGGCAAGAGCAUGGCCACGGCAAAGAUCAAGCCUCCAGGAGGAGACAGAAGCACUCGGCACCCUCCCCACCUGUCUCUGUAGGGUCUGAAGAGCACCCUCAUAGUGUCCUCAAAACAGACUACAUAGAGAGGGACAAUAGGAAAUAUUAUCUAGACCUAAAGGAAAAUCAACGGGGUCGCUUCCUAAGAAUUAGACAAACCAUGAUGCGAGGGACUGGCAUGAUAGGUUAUUUUGGUCACAGUUUGGGCCAAGAACAGACUAUAGUGCUCCCAGCACAAGGAAUGAUAGAGUUUCGUGAUGCCUUGGUUCAACUCAUUGAAGAUUAUGGCGAAGGGGACAUAGAAGAACGAAGAGGUGGAGAUGAUGACCCACUUGAACUCCCAGAGGGGACUUCUUUCAGAGUGGACAAUAAAAGGUUCUACUUUGAUGUGGGCUCUAAUAAAUAUGGAAUUUUCCUGAAGCUCUCAAAUUUCUCUAAAUCCAGAGAGAAUACCAACCCUUUUCACUGUUGUCAAAUCCAGCAUAAGGAACAGCCCUAUGACACUACAAAAACAGUUGAGGAAUAAGGCAUAAGUGUCUUAUGUUACACUUCAGAAUAAAGGCAUUGUGUGAACGAAAUGAACCGAAGUUCAUCGUGAAUGCAAGGCUUCUGUACUUGACAUUCCUGCACCGAAGGGAAGACAAGUGUCAACACCAUUGGCAUCAUUUUCAUACUGAUCUUAAGUGGAGUAUCUUCCACCACACUGGAGUACUUCUUGACUCUUACCAGGUUUUGGUUUGGGUUUGUUUUGGGUGUAAUUCAUGGAGCCUUUUCCGUUUUCAAAAAAAAAAAAAAAAAAAAAAUUUGUCAGAGCUGAGGUAGAGAGACAGAGAUUUGAAAAUACUUUCUUAAGAGAUCAUGUAACUAUAUAACUCAAUUUCAAAAGAGGAGGAGGGAUAGUCUCAACCCACUGCCUCUCACAAGAAACAUGUUUUUAACUCUGUAACUGUUUUAGUGUUAACAGGGUACAAAGUGUUUUUGUCCUGUGUUGUACUUAAAGGUUCUCAUUGAUUGGUGAUUGUAUUGUACUGUAUGAAAACAAAUCAUAAAUUGCCUUGUAUUGUUUAUAAUAGACCAUACCGCGUACUAGUUCAGUUUUUAUGUUCCAAGUUUUCCAGUGAUGCAUGUUAACAGUUAGGUCCUAAAAUUCUGUGGUGCUAAUUCUUCCAUAUCCAAUGGUGCUUUUGUGGAUGCUAACUGCACACAUGCUGGACAAAGCUUGAAGUUUAAAACUUUCCUCCCUUCCUCUGUUUAUAUAAAGUAAAAUGAAAUAACUUGAAUUUGUCUCAAAGUAUCACUGACAAUCUAAUAAACUGGUUUCUAUGUGUGAUUAGUUUGGAUUCUUAAUUAUUUUUCAGAAAGCAGAUUGGUUCUACUGGGCCCUUCGAUCAACCCAGGGUUGAUUUUACUACGUGUUUAUGUCGUUAUUUCAUUUGUGCCCCCAAAUUUGUGGUGUCUUUGGGAAUUUAAAUCCAGUUGGCCUCACUUCCACAAGCAAGUUUAUGUUGGAUCUACAAAAACUACACCUAUCAGACAUGGAAAUUAGUACAUUGAGAAAACCAAAAAUGUGCCGAUAGAGUGCCUUUGUUUAUUUUAGUGUUUUAUUAAUAAGGUUUUAUUAUCUACUUGAACCAUGAGGUAACAUUUGCAUGGAAACAAAUAUGCCUCAGAACCUUUAUUAUUGCUCAAAUGACAUUGAAAAGGUCAUUCGUGUAUACUGAUAUUUAAGUAAAGUUUCCACUUCACAUGUAUGAAAACAUGGACAAAAAUAAAAUUGGAACUUUCCAGGACAAACUGAUACCAAAUGCCAGAAUGGCAUGGUCUUAUUGGAUUUUUAAUUUCAGCAACACUAAGAAUCACAGCAUUUGGACAAGUGAAGCAGCUAUCCUCAUGAGGGCAGAGGUCUGUUUCUCCCAAGCCAGAGAUAAAGUCAAUAUUAAGGCAGUGUGCAAAUCUGCAUUCUAAUCUUGGUAUUUUGCCUAACCUAUGGGUAACCUUAAAUCUAAAAAGAAAAGAUCAAAAUAAAUCUAUUAAAGCUUCUCAAGCAACAAUCAUUGAUCUCAAACAGAGGAUGAGCAAACCUGUCCCUCUAAUCUAGUGGGCCCCAUGACUGAAAUGACAUUCCCAUGCUGCUGUGGUUCUUUAUUUUAUAAAGAGUGUAGGUGUAGUAAUUUAGCCUCAAAUAGUUAUUGAAUCAUGUCAAACUCCUAAUAUCAGAAAAUAAAGUUUACAGAACAGAGCCAAUAUGAGCACUGGGCUUGCAGCUCCAUGACUGUCUUGAACAAAUGCAGUAUUUACUAAAUCACAACCUUUCUAAAGAUAUUUCUACUGUAUAUUUUUGUAACUACCUUUACAGCAUUCCAUUUUAUGAAAACUGGCAAAUAGUAAAUGUGCUACAAAAUAAUUUCAGGUCUUCUUUCAUCAAAAAGAGAGAGAGAGAGAGUAGGUAGGUCUAUGAAUGUCUUAGCAUAUCUUC